AUGUCUUCCCCCACACUUAUUUUCACAAGCUCCGAUGGCGUUGACAUCACUGUCGACCGUGAUGUCGCGGAACGCUCGCUGCUCAUCAAGAACAUGCUCGAGGACUUGGGUGAAACUGGAGAGCCCAUUCCCAUCCCUAACGUCAACGAAGCCGUCCUGAAGAAGGUUAUUGAGUGGUGCACCCAUCACAAAAACGACCCUCCUAGCACUGGUGAUGAUGACGACUCCCGCCGUAAGACUACAGAUAUCGACGAGUGGGACCAGAAAUUCAUGCAGGUAGACCAGGAGAUGCUUUUCGAGAUUAUACUGGCCGCCAAUUACCUUGAUAUCAAGGGACUGCUCGAUGUUGGCUGCAAGACCGUUGCGAAUAUGAUCAAGGGCAAGUCUCCCGAGGAGAUUCGAAAGACUUUCAAUAUCCAGAACGAUUUCACACCCGAGGAAGAAGAUCAGAUUCGUCGCGAGAAUGAGUGGGCUGAGGAGUAUGUUCAUGAAGAUUCCCUAUUCAUCGCUAAGUACGUCACUGAUGUCAGCGUUGCUUGA